CGCUGGAGAAGAGCAUGUCCGCAACUAGAGCCAAGAAAGUGAAGAUGGCCACCAAAUCGUGCCCCGAGUGCGACCAACAGGUUCCUGUUGCAUGUAAAUCUUGUCCCUGUGGUUAUGUAUUUAUUAAUAGGAAACUUCUAAAAGUAAAAUGCUCAGAGAAAUCAUCAUCUUUUACAGAAGUGAACAGUACCAUAUCUUUGAAAGAUUUGCGAAUACUAUUUUUAUAUGAAUUUAAACUAGGACACAGUGCAGCCACAGCAAGUAGAAACAUCAAUUCUGUCUUUGGAAAAGGCUCUGUUAGUGAAAGGACUAUCCGGUGGUGGUUCGAAAAAUUUCGUUCUGGGGAUCUGAGUCUGAAAAAUGAGCCUCGAGGGAGACCCAAAUCUGUUUUAAAUGAAGAUCAAUUGAGAGCCAUGGUGGAAGCUAAUCCCAAAACAGCAAUUCGAGGCCUCGCAGCAGACUUAGGAGUUUCUGCUACAACAAUUUCUCGACACCUGGCUGCAAUAGGAAAGGUGAAAAAGUUGGACAAAUGGGUAGGUAACACCAACUGAUGGAUGAUCACAAACUGAGAUGAUUAGAGAUGUGCUCAUACCUUAAGAUUUUAAAGAGCAGAGACCUAUUUUAGAGAAUAUCAUAAACUUUGACAAAAAAUGAAAGUGGUCUGGAUGAUGGUUGGAUGUUGGAGAAGUUACCAAGUGUGUUAAAACCAUCAUUGCAACCAAAAAGAAGGUUCUGGUAACUGUAUGGUGGUCUGCAAAGAGAGUAUUUCAUUUCUUUUAACUCAGGCAAAACUAACAGUAGCAUCUUAUUGUAAAGAAGUUGAAAUUAUGUAUCAUUUGUCAUCAUUUGAAACUCCAAGAAACAGAGCAUUCUCUAAAUUAGAGAACAGUAAUGGAAGGAUUUGAAUAAAUUUUAACAAUGCUGAA